AAUAAAAAGUAGUAGAAAAAGAACCACGAAAAUCCCAUUAUACCACUUUACAUCCAGAUCAAGCUGUUCUAGCAUCUGCAUUUCCUUUUUCAAAUAUAGCUUUCCCUCUUUCUUUUAUUUUAUUAAUUUGUUUCCAUUUCUUUUCUUUUCCUUCCUUUUCCUUUCACUUUCCUUUUGAAAAUUCCUUCCAUCUUUAGUUCUUUAUACUGUUGCGUUCAAUUUCUGCUAUACAGUCAUGUGCCUGUAUUUUCUUUAUAAAGAUCGCUAUUAUCAAGGCUGAUACUCGCCCAGUAGCUACUAAUUAUCUACCAUUCUUUAAAGAAUAGCUUAAACAUUAGAAAUUUUUAGAACCACAAAAGCAUAAUGCAAAUGAAAAUUUUGAGAAUUUUUCUUGUGAUGGGCGUUCUUUUACUAGUGUUAGUUCAAGAAACGUCUUCUUUUUCUUUUAUGAGACAACAGAAGAGAAAAGAAAUGGAAGCAAAGCUUCAAGAAAUAGUAGCUACCCCGUCUAGGGACAUUCAAGUUCCAGAAACCAAACAGAAUGGGAGAGUGUUUUAUCCAAUUGGAUAUGGAGCAGACCCAACUGGGGCACAAGAGAGCAGUGAUGCCAUCCUAAAGGCAUUAAACGAUGCGUUUCAAGUGCAAAAUGGAAAUGAGUUGGUGCAUGGUGUGAAUGACUUGGGUGGUGUUGUGAUUGAUUUGCAAGGUGGCAACUAUAAAAUCAGCAAGCCUAUCAGGUUUCCUGCUUCUGGUGGAGGCAAUGUUGUGGUCAAAGGAGGAACAAUACGAGCAUCAGACACAUUUCCUAAUGAUCAGCAUCUGAUCCAACUAUGGUCAACAAAUUCUAAGGUACUUGAUCAAAAACAUUCAACUCAACUUCAAGGUUUUUAUGAUGCUAAAGACCUAACCAACAUAAUCUAUUACGAGGACAUAACUUUCAGAGACAUUCUAUUCGAUUUGAACUAUAAAGGUGGAGGAAUUUUCAUUACAGAUUCAGCUCGAAUUCGCAUAAACAAUUGCUUCUUUUUACACUUCACAACACAAGGAAUUCUAGUCCAAAAAGGGCAUGAGACCUUCAUAUCAAAUUGCUUCUUAGGGCAACAUUCCACAGUUGGUGGAGAUACAGGUGAGAGAGAUUUCUCCGGCACGGCCAUCGAUCUAGCUAGCAAUGACAAUGCAAUAACUGACGUUGCAAUUUUCUCAGCUGCUAUUGGUAUUCUAUUAAGAGGUCAAGCUAACAUUCUCACAGGAGUACAUUGUUAUAACAAAGCAACUUAUUGGGGUGGAAUUGGAAUUUUAGUAAAAUUAUAUGCUUCAUUAACUAGAAUUGAUAAUUGUUACUUAGAUUAUAACUCUAUAGUAAUGGAAGACCCAAGUCAAGUCCAUGUUACUAAUGGGCUUUUUAUAGGAGAUGGAAAUGUGGUUUUAAAAGCUAUAAAUGGGAAAAUUUCUGGGUUAAAUAUAAUAAAUAAUAUGUUUAAUGGGAACAAAAACAAAAUGGUUCCUAUAGUGAAAUUAGAUGGGGAAUUUAAAAGUGUUGACCAAGUGGUGGUUAACCAGAACAAUGUUAAUGGGAUGGGGAUGAGAUCAACCAUUGGGAGGCUAACUGUGGGUGCAGGAAGUAAUGGAGGUACCAGAAAAUGGGUAGCUGAUUUUUCAUCUGUUUUGGUUUUUCCUGACAGGAUAAGUCAUUUUCAGUGCUCAUUUUAUAGUAGUAAUAAUAAAGGGUUCAUGGCUUUUUUAGUGACAAAUGUGUCAAAUAAUGUUGUAGUUGUGGAGAGUGAUAAAGUAGUUAAUGGGAUGAUUUCUGUUGUGGUUGAUCAGUUUAAUAUGGUUGGAGAAGGUACUCUAAUUAUGUAAAGAUGUUAUUCAAUUAAUCAAAAUUCAGUAUGUAUUAUUAUUAUUAUUAUUUUGAAAAUAUUUACAGGA